AUGCGUGCCGGCCGCCCUGCUGCGGCCGCUGCACCAAGCGCCCACGAGGCGCCUACAGAGGAAGCCCCUGGGGGCCAUAAGCGCGCGGCUCCCCAGCUCAAGGAUAGCCAUCCGUCCCGCUGCGCCCGCACCCGCUCGCCGUCCCCCCCCUGCAACACCCAGACCGCCCUGGUGGAUCGCGUCGCCGCUGCUGCUGCUGCUUCCUGUGGUAGGUUUAAUCCUACGGAGGAGCUUGCGGCUGCCAUCUGCCAUUUCCGGGGUGCCUCUCCACCCUCUAGGGAGAUGAACCCGGCUGGCACCCCAUCCUCAAAGCUGACGAAGUUAGACGUAUGUCCUAUACUACUUCUUAGCCUCUAAUGUCUACUUUUGAGGGUGUUUCUGUUCUGUUACGGCCAUCUACGGUUGUCUACAGGUGUUGUUGUCAGGAGAAUGGGGGGGAGGGGGCCAAAGGGCCGUAUAUUAUUGUAGAAUAGUGUAGAAUAGUAAAUGACAAACCUACGGGCAAUUACCUUUG